AAAGUUUUAACUGAACUGGGGUGGCAAUGCAAAGGGAAACGAAAGAUGAAAACUCCACAGUUGAUAGAGUUAGGUUAAGCGAUGAAAACCCAACUGAAUGGAGCGACUGUCGGAACAACAAUCAUCAUGUGGUCCCUAUAGGCAUUCUUAUAGUGCUUGUCACAGUCUAUCUCAUGAUCGCAGGAGUGCGCAAUAAUUACAAUGGAUAUGUAAAACCAGGAGCUGUUGCUUUAAAGCUAAGCAAACCAAAUACCAACAUCAAUGAUAAAAAUGUACACGCUUAUCGAAAGGAGUUGGGUUUUGAAGAGCAGCCACUGUGCAGAAAAAUUGAGGUUUUUUCCAAGGAAUUGUUUACAUUGAAGAAAGCCAAUGAGUCCACAGGUCAACCCAUAAUGUCUAGCAAUCUACUUAUAAAACGACGCAAACAGAUGAAGUCCACUAAGUCCAAGUCGGACUCUGCAAGGAAAAGGGACAACUCCAAGAAAUCAAAUACAGCUGAGCCCAUUAUUUAUCUCUUUGCAUUGGUGUUCAUAUAUCUAUUGCUAAAAGCAGCAUCCGACAUAAAUCAACAUUACAAAACGCAGAACAAAGGAGAUAAACGACUGCGUCGCUGUUCCCUCCAAUCCUAUGCCCAGAAGGAGCAAAGACACAAUCAUCAAGAUCGACGUGCUUCAAAAGCCCACAAUGCAGAUUUGCCAUUGCACACUAGACACAACAUUUUUACAGAGGGCCGUUCCGUAUCGCUGGAUCGUUUUCGGCAAGAAAAGGUGCCCAAAGAGCUGCUGAGAAGCGUGCGCCACCAAACUUCAAUUGAUGACCAUGCCAGGACUUACCCAUUCAAGCCCAUCCAUCCAGCCGUAGGCAAGCAUUUCACUAGCGAUGCGCUUUUGGAGCCACGUAUGAGCCGCCGCUUAUCGGUUCCGAUCAGCAUAAACUAUCAGACUGUGCACGUCUCUCCGCUUGCGCAUCCCGAAAUGGCAAGACGCGGCUCAGUGGCAGACAUGGUGAUUCCAGGUCUGCCUCCGACAGUUCCGAGUGUCCUGCCAACACUGCAAACACCGGACAGCAAGCGUAGGGUCCGUAUGAUAAAUCGCCACUAAGCGAAAUCAUUUUUAAAAAACGAAUCAGAAAAAACUUUCAACGAAUUUAUAUGCAAUAUCUAGGAGUACUCAGACUCAUCCAAACGACUAUUACAGAUGUACCUAUUUGAUAAAUAUAUAUUAAAACUCAAAUUGCAGGUUCAAACUAGGUUUGAACCAUGGCUAAGGAGUAGCUAUGCUAAUCGACACAAAUUUGAAUCUUCCCCAACGACUGGAAUUUGAAAUCGAACACAAAUCAUAGAAUAUGAUCUUAAUGUUUUUGUUUUUUGCUUUUAAUUAAUAAGUGUAGUAUUAUUAAGGCAUUUUAAACACAAAAUAUAUUAUAACUACGCCCAUGCAAUUAUUAAGAUAUACAAUAUACACACAUUUAAUAAAUUGCACAGAUGAGCCGUAUUACCAAAACGUCUAUAUGCUAAUAAUCUACUUAACGGCAAGAUUUAAAACAAUCUUAAGCUAAAUUAUUGUAUUGUUUUGUUUUAGAAUGGAAUAUCGAGUAUCCAUGGAAAAAAAGAGUUGAUUUACAGUUCAAUAUGCAUAUGAUUUGAAUAAGUUGUCAAGUGUUCUCUUUAUGUGUAUUGCUUAGAUUUUAGGUUGAGAUGAAUUAAAAAAGAGUCUAUG